CCAGGCCGUGUGGAGGCAGCGUGACGGAAUAUCAGGCUGGGCAAAGGAGGGCCCCCUGCCAGUUCUUUGGGACUUUCAUGUUCACUUCAGUGAUCAUCCCAAGCAAUUAAGCAUCUUGGUGGAGGAUCAUCUAACAUGUGACUUCAGCGCCUGGCCGGCGUCUGUGGUUAUGAUGAUGACAUUGGCACUGGAUUGAUCAGCAGUUUCCCCCCACCCAGAAUCAACCAAAAGCUUUCUCCUGAACAAAUGAAGCAAGUUUUUCCAGUUUGGCCUACAGUCGAUGGGUCCUGAGCCAAGAGUCCCGGGAAAAAGCCGUUAGGAAACCCUUGAGCCCUGGCUGGUCAUCGGAUGGGUGUGCUGGCCAGGCAGGAAGGCCAGCGGUGAAAGCAGGUGCGACCACAGGCAGCGGGGCCCCGGAGUACUCCCCGGGUUUCCCCUCGGGGGGCCGCUGUGCGCAAUCGCCGCAGCCAGGCCGGCCUGCGGGCCGUGCGCCCUGGGCGCGCGAGGCGCUUGAAGUCCUGAGAGCCGUGCGCUCUGGCACGCUCUGCCGCCUCGGCCAUGCACGCCCUCACCGGUCUCUCUCUAGUCAGCCUGCUCAGCUUCGGCUACCUAUCAUGGGACUGGGCCAGGCCAAGCCUCGUGGCCGAUGGGCCCGCCGAGGCCGUCGCAGAGCCUUCCUCAGCCCCUCCGCCCCAGCCUCCUCACAUCAUCUUCAUCCUCACCGACGACCAGGGCUACCACGAUGUGGGCUACCAUGGCUCGGAUAUCCAGACCCCGACGCUUGACCGCCUGGCAGCCGAGGGUGUCAAACUGGAGAAUUACUAUAUUCAACCCAUCUGCACACCUUCUCGGAGCCAGCUCCUCACCGGCAGGUACCAGAUUCACACAGGACUCCAGCACUCCAUCAUCCGUCCACAGCAGCCCAACUGCCUACCCCUGGACCAGGUAACCCUGCCGCAGAAGCUGCAGGAGGCAGGUUACUCCACCCACAUGGUGGGUAAGUGGCACUUGGGCUUCUAUCGGAAGGAGUGCUUGCCCACCCGCCGUGGCUUUGAUACCUUCCUGGGCUCGCUGACUGGCAAUGUGGACUACUACACUUAUGAUAACUGUGAUGGCCCAGGUGUGUGCGGCUUUGAUCUGCAUGAAGGCGAGAAUGUGGCCUGGGGACUCAGUGGCCAAUACUCCACGAUGCUCUAUGCCCAGCGUGCCAGCCACAUCCUGGCCAACCAUAGUCCCCAGCGUCCUCUCUUCCUCUAUGUGGCCUUCCAGGCAGUGCACACACCCUUGCAGUCACCUCGUGAGUACCUGUACCGCUACCGCACCAUGGGCAAUGUGGCCCGGAGGAAGUAUGCGGCCAUGGUGACUUGCAUGGAUGAGGCCGUCAGUAACAUCACCUGGGCCCUCAAGCGCUACGGCUUCUACAACAACAGUGUCAUUAUCUUCUCCAGUGACAACGGUGGCCAGACCUUCUCAGGGGGCAGCAACUGGCCACUCCGGGGCCGCAAGGGCACAUACUGGGAAGGUGGCGUGCGGGGCCUGGGCUUUGUGCACAGCCCCCUGCUCAAGCGGAAGCGGCGCACAAGCCGAGCCCUGGUGCAUAUCACUGACUGGUACCCAACCCUGGUGGGCCUGGCAGGUGGCAGCACCUCGGUGGCUGAUGGGCUGGAUGGCUACGAUGUGUGGCCGGCCAUCAGUGAGGACCGGGCCUCACCACGCACCGAGAUCCUGCACAACAUCGACCCUCUCUACAACCACGCCCGGCAUGGCUCCCUGGAGGGUGGCUUUGGCAUCUGGAACACAGCCGUGCAGGCUGCCAUCCGCGUGGGCGAGUGGAAGCUGCUGACCGGAGACCCCGGCUAUGGUGACUGGAUCCCACCACAAACGCUGGCCUCCUUCCCCGGCAGCUGGUGGAAUCUGGAGCGGAUGGCCAGCGUCCGCCAGGCCGUGUGGCUCUUCAAUAUCAGUGCUGACCCCUAUGAACGGGAGGACUUGUCUGAGCAGCGGCCGGAUGUGGUCCGCACACUGCUAGCCCGCUUGGCCCACUACAACCGCACAGCAAUUCCUGUACGCUACCCAGCUGAGAAUCCCCGAGCCCAUCCUGACUUUAAUGGGGGUGCUUGGGGACCCUGGGCUGGGGAUGAGGAAGAAGAAGAAGAGGAAGAAGAGGGCAGGGCUCGAAGCUUCUCCCGGGGUCGCCGUAAGAAAAAAUGCAAGAUUUGCAAGCUUCGAUCCUUUUUCCGGAAACUCAACACUAGACUGAUGUCCCAUCGGAUCUGACAGGACCAGUGGGCUCUCCGGUCCCCUGAUUGCUUGGUCCUGCUUUUUCUUGGGGAAGAGGUCUGGGGUCAGUCUCCCGUAGCA